AUGGUUCCCGGAAAUCACUCAACAUCCCGCCCGUUAGCAACGAUGGGGAGCUACUUUAAUCAAAGCGUCCAAUGCCAGAAUUUAUCGGUGCUUGUUCCAACCAAAGAAAAUGCCUUCAACCCUUGCUUCUUGGCUGCAUUUUUAAUAGCGUUUUCCUCAGUGUUCUUUGUCCUCGGAUCAUGGCAAUUACUUGUCACGAAAAGAAAGCAAACCUAUGGUAAGCUAUUCAGUAUCAGGAGUGAAGGGUUCACACAUUUCCUCAGAAUUUCCUUGGUAGCUACCCAGGCGGUGUUGAACUUAGUGUUAUUCGAUGAUAUUCUUUCCAGCGAUAAUGGGGUGUUCAGCUGGACAUCCAUCAGUUAUUUCCUUACUUUCGUGUUGUUAGCAGCGGUGUUAUUGCCUCUUCACAUUACUGAAGUCCACAAAUCCAUUUGGCAGCUCGGUACCCCAUUGGUUUACUGGAUUCUCACUCCGUUUAUCUUGUGUGGUUAUGUCUACCAAACCAAUUAUACCAAUUACGCGUUGUCGAGCAGCACCACCUUUAAGGUCGCGGAGUUUGCCACUUUUAUCAAUUCCAUCUUUAUUUUCAUCCUUGAAGUUUUCUUAUGGAAGAGAGUCCAUGAGUACACCUAUCAUUUGAAACUCAACCAAGUCAAUGUUGACUCUCUUUACAAUACCAACAUCAUUGGAAGAAUUUCUUUCAGCAACCUCAACCCGCUAAUCUCUAAAGUUUAUAAGGAAGGCACUCUCGAAUUUGAUGACUUGCCAGAAGUAGGUGAGAAUUUCACUGCCGAAAAGUGUAGUGCCAUUCUCAAGAAGCACUGGAAAGAUGAAAUGGCCAAGGAAAAAGCUGAUGUGAGUCUCAUUAAACCACUUCUUAGAGCUUUUGGUGCCCAAGUGCUUGGUUGUGCUGUUUUGCAAAUCUUGCAAAUUCUUGCCAGCUUCGUUCAACCACAAUUACUUAGAGUGCUCAUGUCAUUUUUUCUUACUGCUGAUAACUCCGAACCUCAAGUGUUGCAUGGAAUUCUUCUUUGUGUGGGGAUGUUCAUCACUUCCCUCGUGAUCGUUAUGUUGUACAAUGAAUAUAUCAACCAAAUGCUCAAUAUUGGUUUCAAGAUUCGUUUGUCAUUGACAGUCUUGGUUUACGAAAAGGCUUUUAAACUAUCCACAAAGGCCAGAGCAAACAAAACCGUCGGUGAUAUCGUCAAUUUGAUUUCUGUUGAUACUUCAAAAGUCGAAUACUUGAUAAAGAGAUCGCAAACAUUUGUUUCCGCUCCUUUACAAUUCAUUCUCUGUAUUUUCUCUCUAUACUUCCUUCUUGGGUUGUCAUCGUUUUCCGGUUUGGUGAUCAUUGCUGUAGCUCUUCCAGUUAACUUAGUCGCGAUCAAGAAGAUGGAAGCACUUUACGAUGUUAAUAUGAAGUUCAAGGAUAAGAGAACCAAAUUGGUCAGCGAACUAUUAUCAUCCAUUAAAUCCAUCAAGUUAUAUUCCUGGGAAAAGCCGAUGAAAGAACGUGUUACUAAUGUUAGAAACAAUGAGGAGCUAGCAACAAUGAAAAAAAUUGAUGUCUUUGAUGCUAUCAUUUCUUUCUCUUGGUCGUGUGUUCCAUACUUUGUCUCUUGUGCAACGUUUGCUUUUUUUGGUUUCUUUGGUGAUAUCAAAUUGACUUCUGAUUUGAUCUUCCCAAGUUUGGCAUUAUUUGAAUUAUUGGGUGAUCCUUUAUUCGAAUUUCCUGAUAUGAUCUCCUGUGUUAUGGAAACCAAGGUUUCUAUUGCCAGAUUGUUGAAGUUCUUAACCGAUGAAGAAUUGGAUAGCUCUCUCAUUGCCGAGUUACAAGCCAUUAAACUCAAGGGUGAGGUUUCUGUGGAGAUUAAGAAUGCCACAUUUUUGAGAUCCGAUGCCAAGAAGAUUCAAGCCACCACUGCUAACGAUCCCAACUCUACUGGUACCCCAACCGAUGAAGAAGCUUGCGUCGAGUCCACUGGUUCUCAAAUUGCCCUUUCCAAUAUCGACUUCGCCGCCAAGAAGGGUGAACUUACUUGUAUUGUUGGCAGUGUCGGGUCUGGUAAAACCACUUUCUUACAAUCUAUUCUCGGCCAUUAUCCAGUAGUUGCUGCUGAUGAAAAACAUGGCUCUCCAAGUGUUAACGUUCGUGGGGUAGUCGCUUACUGUCCUCAACAGCCUUGGAUCAUGAACUCAUCCAUCAAGAAAAACAUCCUCUUUGGUCACAAAUACGAUCCUGAAUUCUUUGAAAAGACCAUUGAAGCCUGUGAAUUGAAAUCUGAUUUUGAAAUCUUGCCUGAUGGUGAAGAAACCCAGGUUGGUGAAAAAGGUAUCUCUUUAUCUGGCGGUCAGAAGGCCCGUAUUUCUUUGGCCAGAGCGGUAUAUGCAAGAGCUGAUAUUUAUUUGCUUGAUGAUGUUCUUAGUGCUGUUGAUGCGCAUGUUAGCAAAAACAUCAUUGAAAGAGUGUUGUGUAAAACUGGUAUUUUGAGCUCAAAGACUUUGGUUUUAUCCACCAACAACAUUCAUGUUCUUGAAGAAGCGGACAGUAUCUAUGUGUUGGAUCACGGGAAGAUUGAUGAACAAGGUACUUAUGAUGAGUUGAUUAAUGAUAAAGGUGAAUUUGCCAAAUUAAUUGAAGAGUUUGGUAAGGCAGACACUACCAAGGAGGAUUCUGAAAGCGCUACAAAGGAAGAAAGCAUUGAUAAUGUCGCUGAAGAUAAAAAUGAAGCUAUUGAAGUCACUGAAGAUAGUGAUUCUGCUGUUGCUGAUGAUGAUGAUGAUUUUGAGGAAAGAACUGAAUUAGCGCGUAUUACAACCAAUGGAACCUUAAGAAGAGCUUCUGUUUCUAGUUUCAACCACAAGUUUUCUCCUAAUGAUAACGAGAAAUCUGGAAAAAGGAUCACUGGCCAAUCUAAGGAAGUUUCCCAAAAAGGCAAAGUCAGUUGGCUGACCUAUAAACGUUAUGCUAGGGCCGCAAAAUACCGUAAUGUUAUUAUUACUGUCACUGCAGUCAUCAUGACCGGUGUCUCUGACUUUUUAAGUAAACUUUGGUUGAAGCAUUGGGCUGAUGUGAAUGACAAUGAUGACUCCAGUACUAGCACAGUCUUCUUGGUCACUGUCUAUACCAUUUUGGGGUUGUUUUCUGGUUUGGCUAUAUUCUCUGUAAGUCUUUCCUUUUCCUAUUUCUCUGCCAUUAGUGCUUCGAAAGCUAUACAUGAAGAAUUAGUCACUUCUAUUUUGAAAUCUCCAAUGUCCUUCUUCGAGACUACUCCAACUGGUAGAGUCUUGAACAGAUUUUCUGAAGAUAUUAGCAAAAUCGAUCAAAGAUUCCCUCGUUCUCUCAACUUUUUCUCUGUUACCGUUGUUAAGACCGCAUACUUAUUUGGUUUGAUCAUCUACACUUUGCCAAGUACUAUCAUUUUUGUGAUACUCUUAUCCUUUGUUUUCUCGUACACCCAAACAUACUACAUUGCUGCCUCUAGACAAACUAAGAGAUUUGCUAGUAUCACCAGAAGUCCAGUGUACUCUCAUAUCCAUGAAACAUUGAUAGGUGUUGAUACUAUCAGAGCCUUUGACCAAGAGAACAGAUUCAAGUACAUUAAUGGCGCUAAUUUAGAUCAUGGUUUGUCAGGUACUAUGUCGCAGAUCUGGAUGAAUAGAUGGUUGAAUUUCAGAUUGAAAGCUAUUGGGGCGGUCUUUCUCUUAAUUGUCACUCUAUCUUGUGUGUGUACUCUCAAAAGUAGUGCUCCAUUGGCUGCUGGUACUGUUGGGUUGUUGAGUACUUUUGCGAUGGAGAUCUAUGGUCAUUUGAAUUUGCUCGUUAGAACAUCCAUCGAUGUGGAAACUGACGCUGUUGCUGUGGAAAGAGUGUUUGAAUACUGUGAUUUGCAAAGUGAAAAACCGUAUGUGAUUGAGAAUUCCAGACCUCCAAUCCAAUGGCCUAUGAAAGGUGGAAUCAAGUUUGAAAACUAUACCACCAAGUAUAAUGCUGAUGCAAAUCCUGUUUUGAAGAAUGUUUCUUUCGAAGUCAAACCUCAAGAAAAGAUUGGUAUUGUCGGAAGAACCGGUGCUGGUAAGAGUACUUUGACUUUGGCGUUGUUUAGAAUCAUCGAGGCCACUGGUGGAUCCAUCGUCAUUGAUGAUGUGGAUACUUCCAAGAUUGGUAUGUACGAUUUGAGAAGUAAGUUGAACAUUAUCCCUCAAGAUUCCCAGGCUUUUGAAGGUACGGUGAGACAGAACUUGGACCCAUUUUCCAAAUGCAAGGACGAAGAAUUGUGGAAGGCUUUGGAAAUGGCACAUUUGAAGGACCAUGUCAUGUCAAUGAAGGAUGAGGAGAAGAACAAGGAUGACCACGAGCAAGAAGAUGCUUCUGAAUCCGAAGCUGGUACCCAAGAAGGUGCGGGUGAAGGUCUUUAUGCUAAAGUUAAUGAAGGUGGUUCCAAUUUAUCUGCUGGUCAGAAACAGUUACUUUGUUUGGCUAGAGCUCUAUUGAACCCAUCAAGAAUUUUGAUUUUGGAUGAAGCAACCGCCGCCGUUGAUGUCAAGACCGAUAAGAUUGUUCAAGAAACCAUUAGAAAAGAGUUUAGUGACAGAACGAUUUUGACUAUCGCUCAUAGAAUUGAUACCAUCAUGGACAAUGAUAAGAUUUUGGUUUUGGACAGAGGUGAAGUCAAAGAGUUUGAUAGCCCUGCCAACUUGCUCAAGGACAAGGAUACUAUUUUCUACAGUCUUUGUGAAAGAGGUGGGUACCUUAAGAAGUAA